ACCGGCUGGAGUGUGGGCUGCUGGGUGGGAACCACGUCGGCCUGGGCCCCAGGAAGGAGGCAAGACCCAGCAGCCCCUAACUCACCAUCUGUGCCCCUUGCCUGGGCGCUGCCCCAACCCCUGGACGCUGCCCCCAGCCCAGGCACACACAGACCCCCGGCCCUGUUGGUAUCAUGGACCACUCCUUCAGCGGAGCGCCCCGUUUCCUGACACGGCCAAAGGCUUUUGUGGUAUCUGUGGGCAAGGAUGCCACGCUGAGCUGCCAGAUCGUGGGUAACCCCACGCCACAUGUGAGCUGGGAGAAGGACCGGCAGCCAGUGGAGGCAGGAGCACGCUUCCGCCUGGCCCAGGACGGGGAUGUAUACCGCCUCACCAUCUUGGAUCUGGCACUCGGUGACAGUGGGCAGUAUGUAUGUCGCGCGAGGAACGCUAUAGGGGAGGCCUUUGCAGCCGUAGGCCUGCGCGUAGACUCGGAGGGCACGUGCGCUGAGCAGGCGCCCCACUUUCUGCUGCGGCCCACCUCCAUUCGCGUGCGCGAGGGCGCAGACGCUACCUUCCGAUGUCGCGUGGGCGGCUCACCACAACCUGCCGUGAGCUGGUCCAAAGAUGGACGGCGCCUGGGACCACCCGAUGCCCCCCAUGUGCGCGUGGAAGAUCACGGAGAGGCCAGCGCGCUUCGCAUCCGAUCGGCGCGGCCUCGCGACGGUGGCACCUAUGAAGUCCGAGCAGAGAACCCACUGGGUUCCGCCAGCGCUGCCGCCGCGCUCGUGGUGGACUCGGACGCCGAGGCUGCCGGACCACCCGGAACCUCCACCGCCUCGCUCCUGGCGCAUCUGCAGCAGCGGCGCGAGGCCAUGCGCGCAGAGGGCGUCCCUCCCUCCCCACCCGGCGCCGGCACACGCACCUGCACGGUGACCGAAGGCAAACACGCUCGCCUCAGUUGCUUUGUGACCGGCGAGCCCAAGCCCGAGACAGUGUGGAAGAAAGACGGGCAGCUGGUGACCGAGGGGCGGCGACACGUGGUGUAUGAGGAUGAGCAAGAGAACUUCGUCCUUAAGAUUCUUUUCUGCAAGCAGUCGGACCGCGGCCUCUACACCUGCACAGCCUCCAACCUCGUGGGCCAGACCUACAGCUCGGUGCUGGUGGUCGUGCGAGAACCGGCGGUGCCCUUCAAGAAGCGACUGCAGGACCUGGAGGUGAGAGAGAAAGAGUCUGCCACAUUCCAGUGUGAGGUGGCGCUGCCGGCCACCGAGGCGGCGUGGUUCAAGGAGGAGACGCGGCUGUGGGCCAGCGCCAAGUACCGCAUCGAGGAGGAGGGCACCGAGCGCCGGCUGACCGUGCGCGACGUCUCUGCAGACGACGAUGCGGUGUACAUCUGUGAGACCACAGAGGGCAGCCGCACCGUGGCAGAGCUCUCGGUCCAAGGGAACUUGACCAGAAAGCUGCCUCGGAAGACUGUAGUGCGCACUGGAGACACAGCCAUCUUCUGGGUGGAGCUAGAUGUCCCCGAGGGUCCUGUCCGGUGGCUAAGGAACCAGGAGGAGAUGGUGGCAGGGGGCCGGGUAGCCAUCACCGCAGAAGGCACGUGCCACACACUGACCAUCUUCCAGUGCACCUUGGAGGAUAUGGGUGAGGUGGCCUUUGUGGCUGGUGGCUGCCGAACGACCACCCAGUUCUGCGUAUCAGCACCCAGGAGGCCUCCCCUGUACCCCCCUGCUGAUCCUGUGGUAAAGGCCAAGACAGAGAGUUCUGUGACCCUCAGCUGGUCCCCACCACCCCGUGGGGAGCGCCCUGUCACCAUUGAUGGUUAUGUGGUGGAGAAAAGGAAGCUUGGUGCUUAUGCCUGGAGCCGGUGUCAUGAAGUGGAAUGGCUGGUCACAGCUGAGUUUACUGUCUCUGGUGUGGCUGAGGAAGGGGACUUCCAGUUCCGUGUGUCAGCUGUCAAUCACUUUGGCCAGAGUCCUUACCUUGAGUUUCCAGGGACGAUCCACUUGGUCCCCGGGCUGGCAGUAAAGACACCUCUGAAGGCGGUGGAGGCAGUGGAGGGAGGUGAGGUCACCUUCUCUGUGGAUCUCACGGUGGCCUCUGAGGGCGAGUGGUUCCUGGAUGGGGAGCCCUUGAAAGCCAGCAGUGUAUACGUGAUCCGCUGUGACCGUACCCGGCAUACACUCACCAUCAGAGAGGUGCCCGCCAGAUUGCAUGGGGCACAGCUAAAGUUUGUGGCUGAUGGCAUUGAAACCAGCAUCCAGAUGGUGGUCCGAGCAGCUCUGGGGCUAGCCAGCAACAAGCUUCCUGCUGUGGCUGCCCGGGAGGUGCUGGCCCGGUUGCACGAGGAGGCACAGCUGCUGGCUGAGCUGUCGGAUCAGGCUGCGGCUGUGACAUGGCUGAAGGAUGGCCGAGAGCUGCCCCUAGGACCCAAGUACGAGAUGCAGGUGUUGGAUGGGAGGCGAGCCCUGCUGGUGCGGGAUGUGGUGCAGGAUGAUGCUGGCCUCUAUGAGUGUGUUAGUCGUGGGAGCCGCAUUACCUACCAGCUGUUGGUGCAAGAGGCCAAGGUCGUGUUUGCCAAGAAGCAGCAGGCUCGCAGCGAGGUGAAGGCAGAGGCAGGCGCCAGUGCCACACUGAGCUGCACGGUGGACCAGGCCCAGACUGAGGUGACCUGGUUCAAGGAUGGGAAGAAGCUGAGCUCCAGCUCGAAGGUUCGAGUGGAGACCUCUGGCUGCGAGAGGAGGCUGGUGGUGCAGCAGGCAGGCAAGGCAGAUGCUGGGGAGUACAGCUGCGAGGCCGGGGGACAGAAGGUCUCCUUCCGUCUGGAUGUCACAGAGCCCAAGGUGGUGUUCGCUAAGGAGCAGCAGGCUCACAGUGAGGUGAAAACAGAGGUAGGGGCCAAUGCUACACUAAGCUGCAAAGUGGCCCAGGCCCAGACUGAGGUGACCUGGUUCAAGGACGGGAAGAAGCUGAGCUCUGGCUCGAAGGUUCGAGUGGAGGCCUCGGGCUGCGAGAGGAGGCUUGUGGUGCAGCAGGCGGGCCAGGCGGAUGCUGGGGAGUACAGCUGCGAGGCUGGGGGACAGAAGGUCUCCUUCCGUCUGGACGUCACAGAGCCCAAGGUGGUGUUCGCCAAGGAGCAGCAGGCUCACAGCGAGGUGAAGGCAGAGGCAGGGGUCAGUACCACACUGAGCUGCAAAGUGGCCCAGGCCCAGACUGAGGUGACCUGGUUCAAGGACGGGAAGAAGCUGAGCUCUGGCUCGAAGGUUCGAGUGGAGGCCUCGGGCUGCGAGAGGAGGCUGGUGGUGCAGCAGGCAGGCCAGGCAGAUGCUGGGGAGUACAGCUGCGAGGCCGGGGGACAGAAGGUCUCCUUCCGUCUGGAUGUCACAGAGCCCAAGGUGGUGUUUGCCAAAGAGCAGCAGGUUCGCAGCGAGGUGAAGGCAGAGGCGGGGGCCAGUGCUACACUGAGCUGCAUGGUGGCCCAGGCCCAGACUGAGGUGACCUGGUUCAAGGACGGGAAGAAGCUGAGCUCUGGCUCGAAGGUUCGAGUGGAGGCCUCGGGCUGCGAGAGGAGGCUGGUGGUGCAGCAGGCGGGCAAGGCAGAUGCUGGGGAGUACAGCUGCGAGGCUGGGGGACAGAAGGUCUCCUUCCGUCUGGACGUCACAGAGCCCAAGGUGGUGUUCGCCAAGGAGCAGCAGACACGCAGCGAGGUGAAGGCAGAGGCAGGCGCCAGUGCUACACUGAGCUGCAAAGUGGCCCAGGCCCAGACUGAGGUGACCUGGUUCAAGGACGGGAAGAAGUUGAGCUCUGGCUCAAAGGUCCGAGUGGAGGCCUCGGGCUGCGAGAGGAGGCUGGUGGUGCAGCAGGCGGGCAAGGCGGAUGCUGGGGAAUACAGCUGCGAGGCCGGGGGACAGAAAGUCUCCUUCCGUCUGGAUGUCACAGAGCCCAAGUUGGUGUUUGCCAAGGAGCAGCAGGCUCGCAGCGAGGUGAAGACAGAAGCAGGGGCCAGUGCCACUCUGAGCUGCACAGUGGACCAGGCCCAUACUGAGGUGACCUGGUUCAAGGACGGGAAGAAGCUGAGCUCCGGCUCGAAGGUUCAAGUGGAGGCCUCGGGCUGCGAGAGGAGGCUGGUGGUGCAGCAGGCAGGCAAGGUGGAUGCUGGGGAGUACAGCUGUGAGGCUGGGGGACAGAAGGUCUCCUUCCGUCUGGAUGUCACAGAGCCCAAGGUAGUGUUUGCCAAAGAGCAGCAGACACGCAGCGAGGUGAAGGCAGAGGCAGGCGCUAGUGCUACACUAAGCUGCAAAGUGGCCCAGGCCCAGACUGAGGUGACCUGGUUCAAGGACGGGAAGAAGCUGAGCUCCAGCUCGAAGGUUCGAGUGGAGGCCUCGGGCUGCGAGAGGAGGCUGGUGGUACAGCAGGCGGGCAAGGCGGAUGCUGGGGAGUACAGCUGCGAGGCCGGGGGACAGAAGGUCUCCUUCCGUCUGGACGUCACAGAGCCCAAGGUGGUGUUUUCUAAAGAACAGCAAACUCGCAGUGAGGUGAAGGCAGAGGCAGGCGCCAGUGCCACACUGAGCUGCAAAGUGGCCCAGGCCCAGACUGAGGUGACCUGGUUCAAGGAUGGGAAGCAGCUGAGCUCUGGCUCGAAGGUUCAAGUGGAGGCCUCGGGCUGCGAGAGGAGGCUGGUGGUGCAGCAGGCAGGCCAGGCGGAUGCUGGGGAGUACAGCUGCGAGGCUGGGGGACAGAAGGUCUCCUUCCAUCUGGACGUCACAGAGACCAAAGUGGUGUUCGCCAAGGAGCAGCAGGCUCACAGUGAAGUGAAGGCAGAGGCAGGCGCCAGUGCUACGCUGAGUUGCAAAGUGGCCCAGGCCCAGACUGAGGUGACCUGGUUCAAGGACGGGAAGAAGCUGAGCUCUGGCUCGAAGGUUCGAGUGGAGGCCUCGGGCUGCGAGAGGAAGCUGGUGGUGCAGCAGGCGGGCAAGGCGGACGCUGGGGAGUACAGCUGCGAGGCCGGGGGACAGAAGGUCUCCUUCCAUCUGGAUGUGCCAGAGCCCAAGGUGGUGUUUGCCAAGGAGCAGCAGGCACGCAGCGAGGUGAAGGCAGAGGCAGGGGCCAGUGCCACACUGAGCUGCACGCUGGACCAUGCCCAGACUGAGGUGACCUGGUUCAAGGACGGGAAGAAGCUGAGCUCCAGCUCGAAGGUUCGAGUGGAGGCCUCGGGCUGCGAAAGGAGGCUUGUGGUACAGCAGGCCGGCAAGGCAGAUGCUGGGGAGUACAGCUGUGAGGCCGGGGGACAGAAGGUCUCCUUCCAUCUGGAUGUCACAGAGCCCAAGGUGGUGUUUGCCAAGGAGCAGCAGACACACAGCGAGGUGAAGACAGAGGCAGGGGCCAGUGCCACACUGAGCUGCACAGUGGACCAGGCCCAGACCGAGGUGACCUGGUUCAAGGACGGGAAGAAGCUGAGCUCCGGCUCGAAGGUCCGAGUGGAGGCCUCGGGCCGCGAGAGGAGGCUGGUGGUGCAGCAGGCGGGCCAGGCAGAUGCUGGGGAGUACAGCUGCGAGGCCGGGGGACAGAAGGUCUCCUUCCGUCUGGACAUCACAGAACCCAAGGUGGUGUUCGCCAAGGAACAGCAAACUCGCAGCGAGGUGAAGGCAGAGGCAGGGGCCAGGGCCACUCUGAGCUGCACAGUGGACCAGGCCCAGACUGAGGUGACCUGGUUCAAGGAUGGGAAGAAGCUGAGCUCCAGCUCGAAGGUUCGAGUGGAGGCCUCGGGCUGCGAGAGGAGGCUGGUGGUGCAGCAGGCGGGCAGGGCAGAUGCUGGGGAGUACAGCUGCGAGGCCGGGGGACAGAAGGUCUCCUUCCAUCUGGAUGUCACAGAGCCCAAGGUGGUGUUCGCGAAGGAGCAGCAGGCUCGCAGCGAGGUGAAGGCAGAGGCAGGUGCCAGUGCCACACUGAGCUGCGCGGUGGCCCAGGCCCAGACUGAGGUGACCUGGUUCAAGGAUGGGAAGAAGCUGAGCUCCAGCUCGAAGGUUCGAGUGGAGGCCUCGGGCUGCGAGAGGAGGCUGGUGGUGCAGCAGGCGGGCAGGGCAGAUGCUGGGGAGUACAGCUGCGAGGCCGGGGGACAGAAGGUCUCCUUCCAUCUGGAUGUCACAGAGCCCAAGGUGGUGUUCGCGAAGGAGCAGCAGGCUCGCAGCGAGGUGAAGGCAGAGGCAGGUGCCAGUGCCACACUGAGCUGCGCGGUGGCCCAGGCCCAGACUGAGGUGACCUGGUUCAAGGAUGGGAAGAAGCUGAGCUCCAGCUCGAAGGUUCGAGUGGAGGCCUCGGGCUGCGAGAGGAGGCUGGUGGUGCAGCAGGCGGGCAAGGCGGAUGCUGGGGAGUACAGCUGCGAGGCUGGGAGACAGAAGGUCUCCUUCCGUCUGGACGUCACAGAGCCCAAGGUCGUGUUCGCCAAGGAGCAGCAGACACGCAGCGAGGUGAAGGCAGAGGCAGGGGCCAAUGCUACACUGAGCUGCACGGUGGCCCAGGCCCAGACUGAGGUGACCUGGUUCAAGGACGGGAAGAAGCUGAGCUCCAGCUCGAAGGUUCAAGUGGAGGCCUUGGGCUGUGAGAGGAGGCUGGUGGUGCAGCAGGCGGGCAAGGCGGAUGCUGGGGAGUACAGCUGCGAGGCCGGGGGACAGAAGGUCUCCUUCCGUCUGGACGUCACAGAGCCCAAGGUCGUGUUUGCCAAGGAGCAGCAGGCUCGCAGCGAGGUGAAGGCAGAGGCAGGCGCCAGUGCCACACUGAGCUGCACAGUGGACCAGGCCCGGACCGAGGUGACCUGGUUCAAGGACGGGAAGAAGCUGAGCUCCAGCUCGAAGGUUCGAGUGGAGGCCUCGGGCUGCGAGAGGAGGCUGGUGGUGCAACAGGCGGGCAAGGCAGAUGCUGGGGAGUACAGCUGCGAGGCCGGGGGACAGAAGGUCUCCUUCUGUCUGGACAUCACAGACACCAAGGUGGUGUUUGCCAAGGAGCAGCAGGCUCGCAGCGAGGUGAAGGCAGAGGCAGGGGCCAGUGCCACACUGAGCUGCAUGGUAGACCAGGCCCAGACCGAGGUGACCUGGUUCAAGGAUGGGAAGAAGCUGAGCUCCAGCUCGAAGGUUCGAGUGGAGGCCUCAGGCUGCGAGAGGAGGCUGGUGGUGCAGCAGGCGGGCAAGGCGGAUGCUGGGGAGUACAGCUGCGAAGCCGGGGGACAGAGGGUCUCCUUCCAUCUGGAUGUCACAGAACCAGAGCCCGAGUCCCAGAUUCCAGAGAGACCCAGCCGCAGGGAGCCUCUGGUGGUCAAGGAGCAUGAGAACAUCGUCCUGACCGCCACUCUGGCCGCACCCUCUGUGGCUGCUGUGACCUGGCUCAAAGACGGUGUGGAGAUUCACCGCAGUAAGCGCCAUGAGAUCACCAGCCAGGGUGACACCCACACCCUGACCGUGAGAGGUGCACAGGUGCUGGACAGUGCCAUCUACAGCUGCCGUGUUGGCAAGGAAGGCCAGGACUUUCCGGUUCAGGUGGAAGAGGUGGCCACCAAGUUCUCCAAACCCCUGGAGCCCGUUGAAGGGGAAUUGGGUGGCACUGUGAAGCUGGUCUGUGAGCUGACCCCAGAGCAGGCAGAGGUCGUGUGGCGCUGUGGGAGCACACAGCUGCGGCAGGGCAAGCGCUUCCAGAUGACAUCGGAGGGGCCUAGGCACACCCUGACCGUGUCUGGCCUCCGAGAGGAUGAUGCAGGGGAGUACGUGUGUGAGAGCCGUGAUGACCGAACCAGCGCACGGCUCACUGUCAAAGUUCCCCGAGUGGUCAAGUUUACAUCUGGAUUGAGCACCGUGGUUGCAGAGGAGGGCCAAGAGGCCACCUUUCAGUGUGUCGUGUCCCCCAGCGAUGCAGCAGUCGUGUGGUAUAAGGAUGGCACCCAGCUGCUGCCCAGCGAGAAGUUUGUUAUGGCACAGAGUGCGGCCACCUGUAGUUUGACCAUCUUGGGCCUGACCCUGGAGGACGCUGGCCAUGUCACAGUGGAGGCUGAGGGUGCCUCAUCUUCUGCCACUCUCCGGGUCCGAGAGGCACCGGUCCUUUUCAAAAAGAAACUCGAGCCACAGACGGUGGAGGAGAAGAGCUCCGUGACGCUGGAGGUGGAGCUGACGCGGCCCUGGCCUGAGGUGAAGUGGACACGGAACGCUGCCGUCCUGGCGCCCAGCGAGAACGUGGAAAUCCAUGCUCAGGGAGCUCAGCACCGCCUGGUGCUGCUCAGUGUGAGCUUCACUGACCGCGGCUUCUAUGGCUGUGAGACACCAGAUGACAAGAGCCAGGCCAAGCUCAACGUAGAAAUGCGGCAGGUCCGGCUGGUUCGAGGUUUGCAGCCCGUGGAGGCUAAGGAACAGGGCACGGCUUCCAUGGAUGUGGAGUUGUCUCAUGCUGAUGUGGAGGGCAGCUGGACUCGAGAUGGCCUGCGGCUUCAGCCUGGGCCCGCAUGCCACCUGGCCGUACAAGGCCCUGUCCACAUCCUCACACUCUCAGCACUGAGGCCACAGGACAGUGGGUUGGUGGCCUUCAGGGCUGAGGGUGUACACACGUCUGCACAGCUGAUAGUCACGGAGCUGCCAGUGAGCUUCACCCGGCUACUGCAGGAUGUGGUGGCCACCCAAAAAGAGAAGGUGACCCUGGAGUGUGAGUUGUCACGGCCUGUGGAUGUACGCUGGCUGAAGGAUGGUGUGGAGCUGCGGGCAGGCAAGACUGUGGGCAUAGUGGCCCAGGGAGCCUGCAGGAGUCUCGUUAUUUACCGGUGUGAGAUCGGGGACCAGGGUGUCUAUGUGUGUGACGCUCUUGAUGCUCAGACCUCGGCCUCUCUGAAGGUGCAGGGCCGCAGUGUUCAGAUUAUGAAGCCACUGGAGGAUGUGGAGGUGAUGGAGAAAGAGGGUGCCACCUUCUCCUGUGAGGUGUCCCAUGAUGAGGUUCCUGGCCUAUGGUUCCGAGAAUCCAGCAAGCUACGGCCCAGUGACAACGUGCGCAUCCGGCAGGAAGGGAGGACAUACACUCUUAUCUUCCGGAGGGUACUGGCUGAAGAUGCAGGGGAGAUCAAAUUUGUAGCUGAAAAUGCAGAAUCAAGAGCCCACCUCCGAGUCAAAGAGCUGCCUGUGACCCUCCUGCGCCCACUGAGGGACAAGAUUGCCAUGGAAAAACACCGUGGUGUGCUUGAGUGCCAGGUGUCCCGGGCCAGUGCCCAGGUGCGAUGGUUUAAGGGCAGAGUCGAGCUGCAGUCUGGGCCCAAGUAUGAGUUGGUCAGUGACGGCCUUUACCGUAAGCUGGUCAUCAAUGACGUGCAGCCUGAGGACGAAGAUACCUACACCUGUGAUGCCGGUGAUGUCAAGACCAGUGCCCAGUUCUUUGUGGAAGAACAAUCCAUCACCAUUGUGCGAGGCCUGCAGGACGUGACUGUUAUGGAGCCUGCCCCAGCCUGGUUUGAAUGCGAGACCUCCAUCCCUUCCGUGAGGCCACCCAAGUGGCUCCUUGGUAAGACUGUCCUCCAGGCGGGGGGCAACGUGGGCCUGGAGCAAGACGGCACGGUGCACCGGCUGACGCUGCACAAGACCUGCUCCACCAUGACCGGGCCUGUGCACUUCACCAUCGGCAAGUCCCGCUCCUCGGCCCAGCUGCUUGUCUCAGACAUUCCCGUGGUAUUGGCACGGCCACUGGAACCCAAAGCAGGGCGUGAGCUGCAGUCGGUAGUCCUGUCUUGUGACUUCAGGCCGGCCCCCAAGGCUGUGCAGUGGUACAAGGGGGACACGCCUCUGGCCCCGUCCGAAAAGUUCAAGAUGGUUCUGGAGGGCCAGAUGGCCGAGCUGCGUAUACUCCGGCUCACUCCAGCGGAUGCUGGGCUCUACCGGUGCCAGGCGGGUAAUGCCCAGAGCAGUGCCGAGGUUACUGUGGAAGCUCGGGAGGUGAAGGUGACUCAGCCUCUGAAGGAUGUUGAAGCCACAGAGGAAGGCCGGGCCUGCUUCUCGUGUGAGCUGUCCCAUAAGGACGAGGACAUCGAAUGGUCACUCAAUGGGAUUCCCCUGUACAACGACAGCUUCCACGAGAUCAACCACGAGGGCUGUCUCCACACGCUGGUGCUGAAGAGUGUCCGUCAGGCCGACGCAGGCACCGUGCGUGCCACCUCCCCCAAGGUGUCAGUUUCUGCCCAGCUAGUGGUCAGAGCAAAGCCGGUGGUGUUCCUGAAAGCACUGGAUGACGUAUCUGUAGAAGAGCGUGGCACGCUGGCCCUGCACUGCGAGGUCUCAGACCCUGAGGCACGUGUGGUCUGGCGCAAAGAUGGCGUGGAGCUGGGUCCCAGUGACAAGUAUGACUUCCUACACAAGGCAGGCUCUCGGGGCCUUACGGUACAUGAUCUGAGCCAUGAGGAUGCUGGACUGUACACCUGCCACGUGGGCAGUGCGGAGACCCAGUCCAGGGUCAGUGUGCAUGAUCUGCACGUGGGCAUCACUAAGAGGCUAAAGACAGUGGAGGUGCUGGAGGGGGAGAGCUGCAGCUUUGAGUGUGUCCUUUCGCACGAGAGCGAGAGUGACCCAGCAGUGUGGACCGUUGGCGGGAAGACAGUGGGUAGUUCUGGCCGCUUUCGGACCACUCGCCAGGGCCGCAAAUACACUCUGACCGUCAAAGAUGCUGCUGUCAGUGAUGCAGGGGAGGUGGUCUUCUCGGUGAUGAGCCUCACGUCCAAGGCCUCGCUCAUUGUCAGAGAGAGGCCAGUGGAGAUUACAAAGCCCUUGGAGGACCAGCGGACAAUGCUCGGAGAACACGCAACGCUGAGCUGUGAGCUUUCCAGGGCGGGCACCUCUGUGCGCUGGCUGAAGGACGGGAAGGCCAUCAGAAAGAGCCAGAAGUACGACCUGCUCAUGGAAGGCACGCGGGCUGUGCUGGUUGUCCGCGAGGCCUCACUCAAGGAUUCUGGAGAGUAUACCUGUGAGACAGAGGCUUCCAAAAGUACCGCCAGGCUCCUUGUGGAAGAAAAGGCAAACCGUUUCACGGAGGAGCUGGCUGACCUGCAGGUGGAAGAGAAGGGCAUAGCCGUGUUCGCAUGCAAGACGGAGCACCCAGCAUCUGUAGUGACAUGGCGCAAGGGCCUCCUGGAGCUGCGUGCCUCAGGGAAGCAUGUCCUCAGCCAGGAUGGCUUGACCCUGAAGCUCACCAUCAAUGCCCUGGAGAGGACAGACAGUGACACCUACACCUGUGACAUUGGUCAAGCCCGGACCCAGGCCCGGCUCCUCGUCCAUGGUCAGAAAGUGCGCAUUACUGAGGACCUGGAGGACGCUGCCGUCCAGGAAGGCUCCUCUGCCAAGUUCUGCUGCCGCAUCUCCCCAGCCGACUACAGCCCCGUGCACUGGUUCCUGGAUAAGACCCCCUUGCACAGCAAUGAACUGAACGAGAUCACUGUCCAGCCUGGAGGCUACCACGUGCUCACCCUACGGCAGCUGGCGCUCAAGGACUCAGGCACUGUCUACUUCGAGGCGGGUGACCAGCGGACCUCAGCUGCCCUGCGGGUGACUGAGAAGCCGAGCGUCUUCUCUAAGCCACUCACAGAUGUCACAGUCACAGAAGGCGAGGACCUGACUCUUGUUUGUGAAACCACCACUCUGGAAAGCUCUGUGCACUGGACCAAAGAUGGGAGGACACUGAAGCCAUCUGCACGAUGCCAACUGAGCUAUGAAGGCUGUCGGGCCCAGCUGGUCAUCACUGGUACCACCGUACAAGAUGGUGGGCGAUACAAGUGUGAAGUUGCUGGAGCCACCAGCAGCUCCAUUGUCAGGAUUCAUGCUCGACCAGUGCACUUCAGGGAGUCCCUGAAGGAUGUGGCGGUACCAGAGGGCAGGGCCGCCACACUGCGCUGCGUGCUGUCGUCCGUGGCUGCGCCUGUGGAGUGGCGUCAUGGAGAAGACAUUCUGAAGUCCAGCAGCAAGUACAGCCUGCGCCAAGACGGUGCUGUGCUGGAGCUGGUCAUCCGAGACCUGCAGCCCCAGGACAGUGGGCUGUAUUCCUGCUCCUUUGGGGACCAGACAACUUCAGCCACACUCACAGUGAAGCCCACAUCUGCCCAGUUCGUAGGAAGACUGAGAAACAAGGAGGCCACAGAAGGGACCAUGGCCACACUACGGUGUGAGCUGACCAAAGAGGCCCCCGUGGAAUGGAGGAAGGGGACAGAGACCCUGAGGAAUGGGGACAAGUACAGCCUGAAACAGGAUGGGGCUGUGUGUGAAUUGCAGAUUUGUAACCUGGCUGUGGCAGAUGCAGGGGAAUACAUGUGCGUGUGUGGACAGGAAAGGACUUCAGCCACGCUGACUGUCAAGGCUCUGCCUGCCCACUUCAUUGGAAGACUCAGAAGCAAGGAAGCCACAGAAGGGGGCACGACCACACUGCAGUGUGAGCUGAGCAAGGCUGCCCCUGUGGAGUGGAGGAAGGGAAUGGAGACCCUGAGAGAUGGGGACAGAUACAGCCUGAAGCAGGAUGGGGCUGUGUGCGAGCUGCAGAUCCGCAGCCUGGCUGUGGAAGAUGCUGGGGAGUACUUGUGCAUAUGUGGGCAGGAGAGGACCUCAGCCACACUGACCAUCAGGGCCCUUCCAGCUAAGUUCACAGACGGUCUGAAGAACGAAGAAGCUACAGAAGGAGCCACGGCUACCCUGAGGUGUGAACUGAGCAAGGCAGCUCCUGUGGUAUGGAAGAAAGGAACAAAGACCUUGCAAGAUGGAGACAGAUACAGCCUGAGUCAGGAUGGAGCCGUGUGUAGGCUGCAGAUCCGCAGCCUGACCAUAGCUGAUGCCGGGGAGUACUCAUGUGUGUGUGCACAGGAGAAGACCUCAGCCAUACUGGCCAUCAGGGGCCUGCCUGCCAAGUUUAUAGAAGACUUGAAAAGCCAAGAAGCCACAGAAGGGGAAACAGCAAUCUUAAGAUGUGAGCUGAGCAAGGCUGCCCCUGUGCAGUGGAGGAAGGGGUCUGAGGCCCUGAGGGAUGGAGACAGAUACAGCCUGAGACAGGAUGGAACUGUGUGUGAGCUGCAGAUCUGUGGCCUGGCCCUGGUGGAUACUGGGGAGUACUCAUGUGUGUGCGGGCAGGAAAAGACCUCAACCACACUGCAUAUUAGUGCCAUGCCCGCCAAGUUCACAGAGUGUCUGAGGAAUGAAGAGGUCACAGAAGGGACCAUGGCCAUACUGAGGUGCCAGAUGAGCAAGGCUACCCCAGUGGAAUGGAGGAAGGGAGAAAAGACUCUCAAAGAUGGAGACAGAUUCACCCUGAGGCAGGAAGGGGCCACGUGUGAGCUGCAGAUCCGUGGCCUGGCUGUGGAAGAUGCUGGGGAGUACUCGUGCGUGUGUGGGCAGGAGAGGACCUCAGCCACACUGAGUGUCAAGGCCCUGCCCACCAGAUUCAUAGACGACCUGAGAAGCCAAGAGGCCACGGAAGGCACCAUGGUGACUCUGAGGUGCCAGAUGAGCAAGGCUUCCCCUGUGGAGUGGAGGAAGGGGUCUGAGAUCCUGAGCGAUGGGGACAGAUACAGCCUGAGGCAGGAUGGGGCCACGUGUGAGCUGCAGAUCCGUGGCCUGGCUGUGGAAGAUGCUGGGGAGUACUCGUGCGUGUGUGGGCAGGAGAGGACCUCAGCCACACUGAGUGUCAAGGCCCUGCCCAUCAGAUUCCUAGAAGACCUGAGAAGCCAAGAGGCCACGGAAGGCACCAUGGUGACACUUAGGUGCCAGAUGAGCAAGGCUGCCCCUGUGGAGUGGAGGAAGGGGUCUGAGAUCCUGAGAGAUGGGGACAGAUACAGCCUGAGGCAGGAUGGGGCCACGUGUGAGCUGCAGAUCCGUGGCCUGGCUGUGGAAGAUGCUGGGGAGUACUCGUGCGUGUGUGGGCAGGAGAGGACCUCAGCCAUGCUGACUGUAGAUGCCCUGCCCACACGGUUUAUUGAAGAGCUGAAGUCCAAGGAGGUCAUGGAAGGGUGCAUGGCCACUUUGCAAUGUCAGCUCAGCAAAAAGACCUCUGUGGAGUGGAAGAAGGGCACAGAGACCCUCAAAGAUGGAGACAGAUACAAGCUGCAGCAAACGGGAACCAUGUGUGAACUGCAAAUCCAUGACCUAACCAUGGCAGACGCUGGAGAGUACUCAUGCGUGUGUGGGGAGGAAAGGACCACAGCCAUGCUGACCAUCAAGGCCCUACCUACCACGUUCACAGAGGGCCUGAAGAAUGAAGAAGCCACAGAAGGGACCGUGGUGACUUUGAGAUGCCAGCUGAGCAGAGGAGCCCCAGUGGAGUGGAGGAAGGGAACAAAGAUCCUCAGAGAUGGAGACAGAUACAGUCUGAGACAGAACCAGGCUGUGUGUGAGCUGCAGAUCUGUGGUGUGGCUAUGGAAGAUGCUGGGGAAUAUUUGUGCCUCUGUGGGCUAGAAAGGACCUCAGCCACACUGAGUGUCAAGGCCCUGCCCGCCAGAUUCAUAGACAACCUGAGAAGCCAAGAGGCCACGGAAGGCACCACAGUGACACUUAGGUGCCAGAUGAGCAAGGCUGCCCCUGUGGAGUGGAGGAAGGGGUCUGAGAGCCUGAGAGAUGGGGACAGAUACAGCCUGAGGCAGGAUGGGGCCACGUGUGAGCUGCAGAUCCGUGGCCUGGCUGUGGAAGAUGCUGGGGAGUACUCGUGCAUGUGUGGGCAGGAGAGGACCUCAGCCACACUGAGUGUCAAGGCCCUGCCCACCAGAUUCCUAGAAGACCUGAGAAGCCAAGAGGCCACGGAAGGCACCACGGUGACACUUAGGUGCCAGAUGAGCAAGGCUGCCCCUGUGGAGUGGAGGAAGGGGUCUGAGAUCCUGAGAGAUGGGGACAGAUACAGCCUGAGGCAGGAUGGGGCCACGUGUGAGCUGCAGAUCCGUGGCCUGGCUGUGGAAGAUGCUGGGGAGUACUCGUGCGUGUGUGGGCAGGAGAGGACCUCAGCCACACUGAGUGUCAAGGCCCUGCCCACCAGAUUCAUAGACGACCUGAGAAGCCAAGAGGCCAAGGAAGGCACCACAGUGACACUUAGGUGCCAGAUGAGCAAGGCUGCCCCUGUGGAGUGGAGGAAGGGGUCUGAGAGCCUGAGAGAUGGGGACAGAUACAGCCUGAGGCAGGAUGGGGCCACGUGUGAGCUGCAGAUCCGUGGCCUGGCUGUGGAAGAUGCUGGGGAGUACUCGUGCGUGUGUGGGCAGGAGAGGACCUCAGCCACACUGAGUGUCAAGGCCCUGCCAGCCAGAUUCAUAGAAGGCUUGAGAAACCAAGAGGCCUUGGAAGGUACAACAGCCACACUGCAGUGUGAGCUUAGCAAGAAGGCCCCUGUGGUGUGGAGGAAGGGGUCUGAGAUCCUGAGAGAUGGGGACAGAUACAGCCUGAGGCAGAAAGGGGCCACGUGUGAGCUGCAGAUCUGUGGCCUGGCUGUAGGAGAUGCUGGGGAGUACUCGUGCGUGUGUGGGCAGGAGAGGACCUCAGCCACACUGAGCGUCACAGCCCCACAGGUGGUGUUCCAGAAACCACUGCAGAACCUGAAAGUAGAGGAAGGUUCCACGGCUAGCCUGCAGUGUGAGCUGUCAAUCCCCAACGCUGCUGUGGUCUGGAGCAAGGGUGGCCUGGAGCUGCAGGCCGAUGAGCGCCGAGAGUCACGGCAGCGGGGGUGUGUGGCGGAGCUGCUGCUUAGGGAUGUGCGCCGUGAGGACGCGGGCGAGUACAGCUGUACCUGUGGCUCUCAGAGCACAGGUGCCACGCUCAUGGUCACAGCUGCUCCUGUGCGGUUCCUCAGGGAGCUGCAGGCCCAGGAGGUGGAUGAGGGGACCAGUGCACACCUGCAGUGUGAGCUGAGCCGCGAGGCCGUGAGUGUGGAGUGGCGCAAGGGCUCCCUGCAGCUUUUCCCUUGUGCCAAGUAUCAGAUGGUGCAGGAGGGCACCACUGCCACACUGCUGGUCCGUGAGGUGGAGCAGGAGGAUGCAGGCGAAUACAUCUGUGAUGCAGGCCAUGCGCAGAGCGUCGCGAGGCUCUCAGUCCGAGCCCCCAAGCCCAAGUUCAAGGCUGGCCUGCAGAGUACACAGCAGGAAGCAGGGGGCGUGGCCCGGCUGUGUUGUCAGCUGAGCGAGACUGAGCCUGGGUCUCCAGUGCAGUGGCUCAAGGAGGGUGUGGAGCUGCAUGCCAGCCCCAAGUAUGAGAUGCGGUGCCAGGGGGCUGUGUGCGAGCUGCUGAUCCACGAGCUGGAGACUAAGGACACGGGAGAGUAUGCCUGUGUGGUGGGUGGCCAGAAAACCCUGGCCUCUCUCAGAGUCAAAGAGCCUGAGGUGGCCAUUGUGCGGGGGCUGGUUAACAUGGAGGCACAGGCUGAUGAGGAUGUGGAGUUUACUUGUGAGGUGUCACAGGCAGGAUCUGCGGAUGUGCGGUGGCAUCUCCAAGGUCUGCCACUGCAGAGCAAUGAAGUGACAGAGGUGGCGGUUCUUGGAGAUGGCCGUACGCACGUGCUCCGACUGAAGGCUGUGACACCGGAGGAUGCUGGCACCGUCUCCUUCCACGUGGGCAGCCAUUCAUCUUCUGCUCAGCUCACAGUCCGAGUCCCCGAGGUGACCGUUCUGGAGCCCCUGAAAGAUGUGCAGCUCAGCGAGGGUCAGGAUGCCCACUUCCAGUGCCGGCUGUCCAGGGCCUCGGGCCAGGAGGCCCGCUGGGCUUUGGGAGGGGUUCCCUUGCAGUCCAACGAGAUGAACGACAUCACCAUAGAGCAGGGCACGCUCCACCUGCUCACUCUGCAUAAGGUGACCCUAGAGGAUACUGGAACCAUCACUCUCCAAGUGGGCUCAUGCUCCUCAGAAGCCCAGCUGAAGGUCACAGAUCCCACAGUGGAGGUGGUGAGUGCCAUGCAGGACCUGGUGGUGGAGGAGGGUGGCUCGGCUGAGCUCCUCUGCCAGUACUCGCGGCCAGUGCAGGCCACGUGGAAGAUGAACGAGCGGGAGGUGUGCGCAGAUGGGAACCGUGUCAUCAUAGAGCAGGACUGGACCGUAGCCAGGCUGACCCUCAGGCCAGCCCUGCCCUGUGACAGCGGCAUCUAUUCUUGUGAGGCCGCAGGCACUCGAGUUGUGGCACUGCUCCAAGUGCAAGCCAAGAACACAGUGGUGCGUGGCCUGGAGAACGUGGAUGUGCUGGAGGGCGGCGAAGCCCUGUUUGAGUGCCAGCUGUCCCAGCCCGAGGUGGCCGCCCACACCUGGCUGUUAGAUGAUGAGCCUGUGCACACCUCAGAAAACAUGGAGGUGGUCUACUUUGAGAAUGGCCUGCGGCACCUGCUGUUGCUCAAAAACCUGAAGCCACAGGACAGCUGCCGAGUGACUUUCCUGGCGGGGGACGUGGUCACUUCUGCAUUCCUCACCGUGAGAGGCUGGCGCUUGGAGGUCCUGGAGCCCCCACAGGAUGCAUCUGUGAGAGCUGGCAUGCAGGCCUCCUUCACGUGCACGCUCAGUGAGGCGGUGCCUGUGGGCGAGGCCACGUGGUACAUCAACGGGGCUGCUGUCCAACCGGACGACACCGACUGGACGGUCACCGCAGAUGGCAGCCAUCAUUCCCUGAUGCUGAGCAACGCCCAACCCCAACACGCAGGAGAGGUCACAUUUGCAGCACGUGAUGCCGUGGCCUCUGCACGCCUCUCUGUGUUGGCUCUCCCUGACCCCCCUGAAGAUGCUGAGGUGGUGGGCCGUAGUGGCCAUUCUGUGACCCUGUCCUGGGUGGCUCCCAUGAGCGAUGGUGGCGGUGGUCUGUGUGGUUAUCGUGUGGAGAUGAAGGAGGCAUCCACAGGCCAGUGGAAGCUGUGCCACGAGCUAGUGCCUGAGCCAGAGUGUGUGGUGGACGGCCUGGUCCCCGGCGAGACCUACCGCUUCCGAGUGGCAGCUGUAGGUCCUGCAGGUGCUGGGGAACCUGUACAUUUGCCUCAGAUGGUCAAGCUAGCAGAGCCAGCGGAACCAGUCCCAGCCCCAACUCCAGCCUCAACCUCAGCCCAAGUCCCAGCUCCAACUCCAGCCCCAACCCCAACCUCAGCCCCAACCCCAACCCCAGCCUCAGCCCCAGAGACACGUCAGGCAGUGGUUGGUGAGGACGUGUGUCUGGAGUUGGAAGUUGCGGCUGAGGCUGGUGAGGUCGUCUGGCACAAGGGAACAGAGCGCAUCCAGCCCAGCGGACACUUUGAGGUCCUCUCUCAGGGACGGCGGCAGAUGCUAGUGAUCAAGGGGUUUAGGACAGAAGACCAAGGAGAGUACCGCUGUUGUCCCACCCGGGGCCCGCCCUCCUCAGGGACAGCCACUUUUAAUGUGGUCACGACCUCUGGGGAUGAGGUCCCCACACAGCCCAGCCUGCCUCCCGAGGCAGCCCAGGAGGGUGACCUGCAUCUGCUUUGGGAGGCCCUUGCCCGGAAGCGCCGCAUGAGUCGGGAGCCCACACUGGACUCUAUCAGCGAACUGCCCGAGGACGACGGCCGAGUGCAGCAUCCGCGGCAGGAGGCGGAAGAGACAGCCCCUGAUCUCUCUGAGGGCUACUCCACAGCUGACGAGCUGGUGCGCACAGGAGAGGCUGAUCUCUCACACACCAGCUCUGACGAUGAGUCCCGGGCUGGCACCCCUUCCCUAGUUACCUACCUCAAGAAGGCUGGGGGUCCUGGGAUCUCACCCCUGGCCAGCAAGCAUGGGGCCCAGGUCGCCACCUCCAUGAAGCCACAAAAGCAGCAGGAGCAAGGAGUGCCCAUGGGCUCACUGCCUGGAGACUUGAGUGCAGCCGACUUGAAGGAUCCAUCGCUGGACAAGGCAGCUGUGAAGAUCCAGGCUGCCUUUAAGGGCUACAAAGUACGGAAGGAGAUGAAGCAGCAGGAAGGGCCUGUGUUCUCCCGGACAUUUGGGGACACAGAGGCACAGACUGGGGACGUGCUGCGCCUGGAGUGUGUGGUGGCCAGCAAGGCUGAUUUGCGGGCCUGCUGGCUGAAGGACGGCAUAGAGUUGACGGACGGGCGGCACUACCACAUAGACCAGCUCAAGGAUGGCACCUGCUCUCUGCUGGUCACUGGCCUGGGCCCCACCGACACUGGCCGGUACACCUGUCAAGUGAGCACCAAGUUUGGCCGCGUGAGCCACAGUGCCUGCGUGGUGGUCAGUGGGACAGAGAGUGAGGCCGAGAGCUCCUCAGGAGGCGAGCUGGAUGACGCCUUCCGGCGGGCAGCACGGCGCCUGCACCGGCUCUUCCGCACCAAGAGCCCAGCUGAGCUUUCAGAGGAGGAACUCUUCGUCAGCGCUGAUGAAGGCCCCGCCGAGUCAGAGGAGCCCGCAGACUGGCAGACAUACCGAGAGGACGAAAACUUUGUGUGCAUUCGUUUUGAGGCACUUGAAGAGGCCCGCCGGGCAGUCACCUGCUUCCAAGACAUGUUUGCCACCAUGGGCAUCCAGGUGGAGAUCAGCCUGGGAGAGCAGGGACCCCGGGGAGUGGAGAUGCGCAUUGGGAAGGUGGCGCCCAAUGUCACCCCUGCGGUGCCGCUAGCCAAGACACCUGGCCUGCAGACUUCAGAUGCUGCCCCAGUGUUCCUGACCGAGCUGCAGAACCAAGAAGUGCAGGAUGGAUACCCCGUAAGCUUUGACUGCGUGGUAACAGGCCAGCCUGUGCCCAGCGUGCGUUGGUUCAAGGACGGGAAGCUGCUGGAGGAGGACGACCAUUACAUGAUCAACGAGGACCAACAGGGUGGUCACCAGCUCAUCAUCAUGGCUGUGGUACCAGCAGACAUGGGUGUCUACCGCUGCCUGGCAGAGAACAGCGUGGGAGUCUCCUCCACCAAGGCUGAGCUUCGUGUAGAGCUGACCAGCACAGACUAUGAUACUGCAGCAGACGCUACUGAGACCUCAUCAUACUUCAGCGCCCAGGGAUACCUGUCCAGCCGGGAGCAAGAGGGGACCGAGUCAGAUGAGGGGCAGCUUCCCCAGGUGUUGGAGGAGCUGAAAGACCUCCAGGUGGCCCCUGGCACACGCUUGGCCAAAUUCCAGCUCAAGGUGAAAGGCUACCCCGCCCCCAAACUGUACUGGUUCAAAGAUGGUCAGCCUCUGACCACAUCUGCCCACAUCCGCAUGACUGACAAAAAGACCCUGCAUACCCUGGAGAUUGUCUCGGUCACCCUGGAGGACAGCGGCCAGUAUGCAGCCUACAUCAGCAAUGCUGUAGGUGCUGCCUAUUCAUCGGCCCGGCUGCUAGUCCAAGGUCCCAGUGAACCAGAAGAGAAGCCAGCAUCAGAUGUGCACGAGCGGCUGGUGCCACCCCGGAUCCUGGAGAAGUUCACCCCCAAGAAAGUGAAGAGGGGCUCCAGCAUCACCUUUUCAGUGAAGGUGGAAGGACACCCAGCCCCCACUGUACAUUGGCUCAAGGAGGAGGCAGAGAAGGGAGUGCUGUGGAUUGGCCCCGAAACCCCUGGCUACACCAUGGCCAGCUCUGCCAAGCAGCAUAGCCUGGUCUUGCUGGACGUGGGCCGAAAGCACCAGGGCACCUACACGUGCAUUGCUACCAACGCUGCCGGCCAGGCGCUUUGCUCUGCCAGCCUGCACGUCUCUGGCUUGGCCAAGGAGGAAGAGCAGGAGAGAGUAAAAGAGGCCCUCAUUUCUUCCUUCUUGCAAGGGACAAGCCAAACUAUUUCAGCCCAGAUGGCGGAAUCUGCAGGUUUUGCUGAUCUUGCCGGGCAAAGGAAAGGGGAGACCCUGGCGGCUGACGAGGCCCAUGGUCACCUGUCCCUCGCUGAGGUGGGCACAGAAGAGUUCCUGCAGAAGCUCACCUCACAGAUCACUGAGAUGGUGUCGGCCAAGAUCUCACAGGCCAAGCUCCAGGUGCCUGGCGGCGACAGUGAUGAGGAGUCCAAGACGCCAUCUGCCUCUCCUCGGCACGGCCGGUCUCGUCCUUCCUCCAGUGUUCAGGAGUCAUCCUCAGAGUCAGAGGAUGGGGACUCACGUGGUGAGAUCUUUGACAUCUACGUGGUCACAGCUGACUACCUGCCCCUGGGGGCGGAGCAGGAUGCCAUCAUUCUGAGAGAAGGCCAGUAUGUGGAGGUCCUUGAUUCGGCCCAUCCUCUGCGCUGGCUUGUACGCACCAAGCCCACCAAAUCCAGCCCUUCUAGGCAGGGCUGGGUGUCGCCUGCCUACCUGGACAAGAGGCUCAAGCUAUCUCCUGAGUGGGGGCCCACCGAGGCCCCCGAGUUCCCUGGGGAGGCCGUGUCUGAGGAUGAGUACCGAACAAGACUGAGCUCUGUCAUCCAGGAGUUGCUGAACUCAGAGCAGGCUUUUGUGGGUGAGCUGCAGUUCCUGGAGAGCCACCACAUGAAGCACCUGGACCUAUCUCCCCGCGUGCCUACAGCCGUGGCCAGCCAGAAGACAGUCAUCUUUCGUAAUGUGCAGGACAUCAGCCGUUUCCACAGCAGCUUCUUGAAGGAGCUGCAGUCCUGUGACACCGACGAUGACAUAGCCAUGUGCUUCAUCAAGAACCAGGAAGCCUUUGAGAAGUACCUCGAGUUCCUGGUGGGCCGCGUGCAAGCUGAGUCCGUGGUUGUCAGCACCCCGGUCCAGGAGUUCUACAAGAAAUAUGCAGAAGAGACACUGUUAGCCAAGGACCCCACGCAGCCACCGCCACCUCCACUUCAGCACUACCUAGAGCAGCCAGUGGAGCGGGUGCAGAAAUACCAAGCCUUGCUGAAGGAACUAAUCCGCAACAAGGCCCGCAACCGGCAGAACUGCGCGCUGCUGGAGCAGGCCUAUGCUGUGGUGUCUGCCCUGCCGCAGCGCGCUGAGAACAAACUGCAUGUGUCGCUCAUGGAGAACUAUCCUGGAACUCUGGAGGCCCUGGGAGAACCUAUCCGCCAGGGCCACUUCAUAGUAUGGGAGGGGGCACCAGGGGCCCGGAUGCCUUGGAAGGGCCACAACCGGCAUGUCUUCCUCUUCCGAAACCACCUGGUGAUCUGUAAGCCCCGGAGAGACUCUCGAACCGACACCUUUAGCUACGUGUUCCGGAACAUGAUGAAGCUGAGUAGCAUCGACCUGAAUGACCAGGUAGAGGGGGAUGACCGUGCCUUUGAGGUGUGGCAUGAGCGGGAGGACUCUGUGCGCAAAUACCUGCUGCAGGCCCGGACCGUAAUCAUCAAAAACUCGUGGGUGAAGGAGAUCUGUGGCAUCCAGCAACGCCUGGCCCAGCCUGUAUGGCGUGCCCCUGAUUUUGAAGAGGAAUUGGCUGAUUGCACCGCUGAGCUGGGCGAAACAGUCAAGCUGGCAUGCCGAGUGACUGGCACCCCUAAGCCUGUUGUCAGCUGGUACAAAGAUGGGAAGCCGGUGGAGGUAGACCCACACCACAUCCUUAUUGAAGAUCCUGAUGGCUCCUGUACCCUCAUCUUGGACAACCUGACCAGUGUGGACUCUGGCCAGUACAUGUGUUUUGCAGCCAGUGCAGCUGGCAAUGCCAGCACCUUGGGGAAGAUUCUAGUACAAGUGCCCCCACGAUUUGUGAACAAGGUCCGGGCCACACCCUUUGUGGAGGGGGAAGAUGCACAGAUCACCUGCACUGUGGAAGGUGCCCCAUAUCCUCAGAUCAGGUGGUACAAGGAUGGUGCCCUGCUAACCCUGGGCAACAAGUACCGGAUGCUGAAUGAGCCCCGCAGUGGCGUGCUGGUGCUGGUGAUCCGGGCAGCCAGCAAGGAGGACUUGGGACACUAUGAGUGUGAGCUGGUGAACAGGUUGGGCUCAACACGUGGUGGGGGAGAACUGUACAUGCAGAGCCCUGCGCUGCGUGCCCGGGACCAGCACCAUCGAGAACAGCUUGUGGCUGCUGUGGAAGUCACUGAGCAGGAGACAAAAGUCCCCAAGAAAACCGUCAUCAUAGAAGAGACCAUCACCACAGUAGUGAAGAGUCCCCGUGGCCGACGACAGUCCCCGAGCAAGUCUCCCUCCCGUUCACCCUCCCGCCGCUCUGCCAGUCCACUGAGGCCAGGGCUGUUGGCCCCCGAGAUGCUGUACCCACCAGGGACCAGCCCAUCCCGGAGACUUGAGGUAGAAGCAAGCAGGAAGGCCCCAGUGCCUGCAUUAUAUGUGACAGAAGCUGAAGCCGUCGCUCCAGCCUCGCAGCCCAAGCCCAAGUGGUUAGAGGUUGAGGAAACCAUUGAAGUCCGGGUGAAGAAGACAGGGUCACGGGGUGCAUCUCCUGUCCGAGAGAUGCCCAGCAGUGGAGAGGGGUUCCUCUUCACACUGCCUAGUGGGAUUGCUGGCAGGGACCCAAAUGCCAACAACUCCAACAAUAAGAGUGUGUCCCAGGAGUCUCGGACCGGCAGCCCCCCUAUAGUCCACGUUGGUAAACCCUUCGUCUUCCAUGUGGACCCAAUGGGCAAAGUGAACUGGGCAGCUGCCAGCCCUGAGCUAAAGGAGGUCAGAGCCUCCCAGGAGGAAGAGAACAUUGCAAAGGAUGAAGGAAACAGCGACAGAGAAGAAAAUACUGUCCUACUAGAAGAACCCCAGGAUGCGGAUAGCCUUCAGGGCCGUGACCCCAAAAUCCUCACGCACAACGGCCGGGUGCUAACAUUGGCUGACCUGGAAGAUUACGUACCCCAGGAAGGAGAGACCUUUGGCUGUGGGAACCCCACCACCAGCACCCCUGAUGAACCUCCCUGCGAAGUCUCCGUGCUCCAGAGAGAGAUCAGAGAGCCCACUGUGGGGCAACCUGUCCUACUCAACGUGGGGCGUCCUCCAGGCCCCAGUGCCAUACCCAGCUUCUUCAGGUCAGGACCCCAGGUCCACAGCCCCGAGGGUGUCUCCUUCCUCUUGCGUGAAGCCUGGACAGGGCCAGUGGGUGCCACCCCUUGGACAAGCUCCUUCCACACCCAUGUCCAGAGUUCUGUAGAUGGCGGCCAGAAUAGCUUCAAGACAGAGGUCUCUACCCAGACAGUCAGCUUUGGGGCCGUAGGAGAGACAGUCACUCUGCAUAUUAACCCAGAUGGGGGAGAGGCCCCAGGCCCCUCCCAGGGUUGAUGCCACACCCUGGGGACAGAACCUGGGGACAACAAGGUAAGGCGAAUGGCCCAGAGCCUCGGGCCUUGCCAGGUACCAGCGUCUACCCUGGAACCCACAGCUUACCUCGGGGACUUCCCACCCCCUGCUCUUCUCCAGCCUGGGAUGGAGUCUUCCUUGCUUUCCUGCCCGGUCCUUCCUACCUCACUGGACUUGUUCUCUGCCGGGAAGAUGGGGAAGUACCUACCAUGUUAGAAUAUGCUGUGGUCUCAAGAGCUCUGGCCAGGAGCAGCUGAGAGACCCCAGCUUUGGACUUCACCCCACAAACCUUCUGUGGGGCUCUCAAAACAAGAUGUGGACUUGGGUGUUUUCCCUGAGACAUAUCCCGACUGAGGGUCUUCCCUAGGGCUGCACCCAAGGCAUGUGUUGGCCGGCCACCAGCUCUGCAGAUCUUCAGGGCCACAUCUGUGGUGGACACAGGCUGCAGGGCGGGAGGAACUCCCAGGCCAUUACCCUGAUGAGAACAAUAAAACAAGUCCCAAACCCUC